GGCAGUGCCGGGCAGGGCGCGCGGCGAGUGAGCGCGGCCCCGCUCCGCUGCCGCCGUCUCCGCCGCCGCCGCUGCCGCCCCCGCCCCGGCAUGAGGAAACGCAACGAGUCGGUCACGGUGGAGCAUGAGCGCGCCGCCGCUGCCGCCGCGCCCGGGCCCCUCGACAAGGGCUGCAGCCUGAGGCGAAGCCUGCGCCUGCCUGCCUCCGCCGCCGCCGACGGCAUGAAGCGUCCGCUGGGCAGGCGAUACGGAUUAUGGUUUCGAUUGAGGAAGUUAAUACUCUGGUUGCUGGGAAUGUACAUAGCCAUCCCAUUUCUAGUAAAACUUUGCCCUGCUAUUCAGGCAAAGCUGGUCUUCCUAAACUUUGUAAGGGUCCCAUAUUUCAUUGACUUGAAAAGACCACAGGAUCAAGGUUUAAACCACACCUGUAAUUAUUACUUGCAGCCAGAGGAGGAUGUAACCAUUGGAGUCUGGCACACGGUCCCUGCAGCCUUAUGGAAGAAUGCCCGAGGGAAGGACCAGCUGUGGUUUGAAGAGGCUUUGGGCUCCAGCCACCCUGUAAUCCUUUAUCUGCACGGCAAUGCAGGAACAAGAGGAGGGGAUCACCGGGUGGAGCUUUACAAGGUUCUCAGCUCCCUCGGGUACCAUGUGGUGACGUUUGACUAUCGAGGCUGGGGUGACUCAAUAGGCAGCCCUUCAGAGAGGGGAAUGACCUACGACGCCCUUCAUGUCUUCGACUGGAUAAAAGCACGGAGUGGAGACAACCCUGUCUAUAUAUGGGGACACUCCCUGGGCACAGGAGUCGCAACAAAUCUGGUGCGGCGCCUCUGCGAGAGAGAAACGCCCCCGGAUGCCCUGAUCCUGGAAUCUCCAUUCACCAACAUACGGGAGGAGGCACGGAGUCAUCCCUUCUCUGUGAUAUACAGAUACUUCCCUGGAUUUGACUGGUUCUUCCUGGACCCCAUCACAACAAGUGGAAUUAAAUUUGCAAAUGAUGAGAAUGUGAAAUACAUUUCUUGCUCCCUGCUCAUCCUUCAUGCUGAGGAUGAUCCAGUGGUACCAUUUCAUCUGGGAAAAAAGCUUUACAACAUCGCAGCGACGUCACGGAGUUUCCGGGACUACAAGGUGCAGUUUGUGCCCUUCCACACAGACCUCGGCUACCGGCACAAGUACAUCUACAGGAGUCCAGAGCUACCUCGGAUACUGCGGGAAUUCCUGGGAAAAUCUGAACAUGAGCAUGGUCACUGAAGACUGUCUGCUUGUCAGCACAGCGAUUUUCAUUUCCUUCCUCUCUCUUUUUUCUCCCCGCUCCCUGUGGGUCAGUCUGCCGUUCUUCCAUCCCUGGCACUAGAGGAGGUCAGGGAUUCCCAUUCCAGUCCUGAUGUGUACCCUUGGCAACUCCAGCUUCUGGCAUCAGCAUCUGUGACGGCAGAAGGAAGAAGCUGUUGGCUUCUUUUGGACUUGGACAGAGGGGUGGUAACAGCCCAGGACCCAGUACCAAACCGUGAAAAAUGUAAGCGCAGCAAAGCCUCGCCCGUCCCUUGUGGUACUGCUGAGGACAUAUGUUCCUAGGACACUGUGUCAUGACCAAGGAUGUUUCUUUCACUUUUAAACACUGCUGCUGUUUUUGCAUCAUGUAGAGAUACAUUUGUAGGCAAAUGGCUUUUGCCACGUCUCCUUAUCGCAGGUGUCUUGCUUGAGUUUGAGGUGUUCUCCUUCUAGAAAAUACAUGUUUUGCCUUUCCUUUUCGAUCAGUGGCUGUAAUUACAAAUACAUGGAGGAUCCAGGUAGUGAGAGGUAUUUUUAUUUAGCUCUUCAGUCACAGUGUGCUGCAAGUGUUGGGGUAAUUACAUGCAUUUGGAAAUAAAAUGAAAGAAUUUUUUUGUUC